UAACGGCGGUGAACGUGCAUGCCUGUUUAUGCAUUUUGUUAUAUUUCUUUGUUUUGUUUUGGUUUAAAUAAAGCCGAUACUAUGUUAAGACAAGAAAUGUCUCUAUCUCUCCCUCCCCCUGAACAAAACACCAUUAUAAAACAAGUUAAUGACACGUGCUAGAGAUAACUCGGGGGAGAAACACACAAAAAAUUAGUUUUUUGUCAUCUGUGCAUAUAAUAGUUCAUUCCAGUCUUGAUCGGGUCAGGGGUUCAAACAAAAUACAAUUUUAAAGCAUGGCGAACUUGGUGGAAGCUACUUCUCCUCAGCAAUUUGAGGAACUGCUGCAGAAGGCUGGCAAGUCCCUUGUAGUUGUCCAUUUCCUGGCACCAUGGGCUCCGCAGUGUACCCAAAUGAACGAUGUUAUGGCAGAACUAGCAAAGGAGAAUUCCCAGGUCACGUUCGUUAAGCUUGAAGCAGAAGCUGUGCCUGAGGUGUCUGAGAAAUAUGAAAUUAGUUCUGUUCCAACAUUUUUGUUCUUUAAGAAUAAUCAGAAGGUGGAUAGGUUAGAUGGUGCCCAUGCUCCGGAGCUGACCAAGAAGGUUCAGCGCCUUUCCAGCGCUGCAGUCCCUAUGGGAACGGGUGUGGCUGCCAAAGAGGAUCUAAACGAGAGGCUGAAGAAGCUGGUGAAUGCAGCACCCUGCAUGCUGUUCAUGAAGGGAUCCCCUCAGGAGCCCCGUUGUGGAUUCAGCAGACAGAUAGUGGAGCUCUUCAAGCAGCACAGCAUUCAGUACAGCAGCUUUGACAUCCUGUCGGACGAGGAGGUUCGGCAGGGGCUGAAGACUUUCUUCAACUGGCCCACCUAUCCGCAGGUGUACGUCAACGGAGAACUGGUUGGGGGGUUGGAUAUUGUUAAGGAACUCGCAGAAUCAGGAGAACUGGAGCAUACCUGUCCAAAAGCAGUUACACUUGAAAACAGGCUCAAGUCACUGAUCAGUAAAAAAAACGUAAUGUUGUUUAUGAAAGGAAAUAAAGAGAUGGCUAAAUGUGGAUUCAGUCGGCAGAUAUUAGAAAUGCUGAACAGCACUGGUGUUGAAUAUGAUACUUUUGACAUACUGCAAGAUGAGGAAGUUAGACAAGGUCUGAAAACAUUUUCCAACUGGCCAACAUACCCUCAGCUUUAUGUGAAAGGUGAACUCAUUGGAGGACAUGACAUAGUGAAGGAACUUAAAGAAAGCGGUGAUCUAGAGGCAGUUUUGAAAGGAGAAAACUGAUCGUCAGUGACAUCACAGAAUGUACUGCAGGGAGAUUCUAGAAUUUACUCCAUAGUCGAUAUCAUUGAAGUCGGGUUGGACAAGAGACAUUUAAUUGUGUGUCCCAUUUUCUUUUUCAAAUUCAUUUCUGAAUAUGUGUUGCAUUUUAAUCUCAAGAUUAGUGCUAAUCGUGAUCUGUGAAACCAGCCCAUUUAAGAUGGAUUUUUUUUUUUUUUUUAACCAUAACCACAAUAAAAGUAUGUGGUUUUCCGUU